AUGAAAAAGGUCCAAGGUGGGAAUGAAACAGAAAUGACAGAAUUUAUUCUCUUAGGACUCUCAGACAACCCAGCUCUACAAAUUAUCCUUUUCGUAUUGUUUCUGUCAAUUUAUAUGGCUACUAUGGUAGGCAAUUUGGGGAUGAUCAUGUUGAUUAAGAUUGAUCCUUGUCUCCACAUCCCCAUGUACUUCUUCCUCAGCAGUCUUUCCUUUGUUGAUGCCUCCUACUCUUCUUCUGUGACUCCCAAGAUGCUAGUAAACCUUGUGGCUGAGAAUAAGGCCAUUUCUUUCAAUGGAUGUGCUGCCCAAUUUUACUUCUUUGGCUCCUUCCUAGGGACUGAGUGCUUCCUCUUAGCCAUGAUGGCAUAUGACCACUACGCAGCCAUUUGGAACCCCUUGCUAUACCCAGUUCUCAUGUCUGGGAGAAUUUGCUUCUUACUUGUGACUACCUCAUUCCUUGCAGGCUUUGGGAAUGCAGCCAUCCACACAGGGAUGACUUUUAGAUUGUCCUUUUGUGGAUCUAAUAGGAUCAACCAUUUCUACUGUGACACUCCACCCCUGCUUAAAAUCUCUUGCUCUGACACCCACAUCAAUGGCAUUGUGAUCAUGGCCUUUUCCAGUUUUAAUGUCAUCAGUUGUGUUGUGAUUGUUCUUAUUUCCUACCUCUGCAUCCUCAUUGCCAUCUUGAGAAUGCCUUCAGUAGAGGGCAGGCACAAAGCCUUCUCCACCUGUGCCUCCCACCUCACUGCUGUCACCAUAUUCUUUGGAACAAUUCUUUUCAUGUACUUGCGCCCAUCAUCUAGCUACUCAAUGGAGCAGGACAAGGUUGUUUCUGUUUUUUAUACAAUGGUGAUCCCUAUGUUGAAUCCCCUGAUCUACAGUUUGAAAAAUAAGGAUGUGAAAGAAGCUCUAAAAAAGCUCUUACAGAAAAGCAUACUGUGA